UCGCGGCAAUGGCAGAGGCUAGUUUUGCGCGCUCACUCUAUCACACACACGCGCGCGGUAGUGUGUUCCGCAAUUCUACACCAAGCAAACAAAAAAAAAAGUGGCUCCGCGCGUUGUCGUUGACCGUUGGGAAGGUUAUUAAACUGUUAUUGUUUUCGUUCUUCUACGCAGAAAACCGCGGCCGAGAUUCAGUGGGGAUGCUGCUGCUGGCUGGGGCUUCUCGAUCAAUCGAAGCUUGGAUGCGAACUGUCAGCGAACACACCGCGGUGGUGGUGGCGCCGGCCCAAACAAUGCGGUGUCUCUUCUUUACCUUCACGUGCAAAGACCACACACUGCCGUGUGUCGAUUGGAAGGGCAAACACACACAAACACGCACACACAGCCAGCUGUUAUGGCUGAUAACGCACCGACACGUACACGUACGAAGGGGAUUCUCCUUUUCGACGGAAUAUUUCGAUUACCCGAGCGCGCGCCCACAGUCAACACAUGCAAGCCGUUGUCUUCCUUCCUUUCGCUGAAAUGAUCGGAAGAGGUGUGUUCGAUUAGCUUCCUCAGAUCGAAACAGUUCUGGCCACGGAUGCGAUGGAAGGAUGGUAAGGUUGUUGCUACUUCCAAGCCGCCACACCGCUGUCGGUGUGUUAAAGCCAGCUUAGAAUCGUUUUUGGUUUGCUUAGUAUAGGGUUAGCGCAGCACACGACGCGCACACCUUCUUGCAGCAACCCGGCGCUGUCGCCUUGGCAACCGCUCCAGCAGGAAAUUAGUUGUUUUCACACAAUGGCCCCGUGUUCAAUCGCACUCUAGAGAAAGUUGCACACUUGCACUGUACUUUUACGACUGAAUUGAAUGUAUGGCUUUGGUUGGACAGUUCGCGCACAGUCCGCUUCACCCCGCCUUCACGAAGGAUAUAUUUAAAAAUAAUUCUUAACCGACUCGCACCGAGCGCACAAAUCAAAUGCGGCGGGAUCCGGCAGAGAUGAACGAGUUCGACUUUGCUCCCAUUUGCCGAACGCGGGGACCGCACAUAGAGCGGUGUGAAGAUGUGUGUGGCGCUUGGGGGGAGAGCAGCGCGACAAACGCGUACCAACGACGAUGUGCGAGAGUACGCGUGAAGGUUCCUCUUUGCGCGGCACAGAUCGCAGUAAGUAAAUGUGCCUUUAGGGGUUGGCCGAUACCGGAGGCCGUCCGAAGAGCGCAUUAGAACACGAGAGGUAGAGGUCGAUCGCGCGCUGAUGCGUGAUUUUUGUAUUGUGCGCGGCUUAAGGCGCAUGCUGGGGUUUCCGCGUCUUUCUGCUGAGCUGUGAUCGUGAUACAACGGGUCCUGUUUUAAUAACUUUUCUUUUCAUUUUCAGUACAAAGCAAAAAAAGGCAAACAAAUAAUAUUCGAAUGCUAGUUACUCAAAGGAAUAUUUCCGUAAUAGAAACAAGCGGCUUCAACGGACGGUAAUGAGCUGGGUUUCCCGACAUAAAGACUCAAAGUCUUUGAAAACCAAAGCAAGGCUAAAAACCUUACAACAGUUCUCCCCCAGGGGUUUGACAUUUCAUCAGGCUGUCAAAAGCCCCAACCCAAACAACAACAAAACCCAUCCAAACACAAUUUCCCACACUACUCGCGCAAUCCCAAAACCGUUCCGGCCCAAAAAAUGGGGAAAAAUAAGCAUGGAAAACGGAAGCAGUACCUCAACAACGUGGACGUUCCCGUAUCGAAAACGACCGCAAACGUGCUGAAAUCAUCUGCCGGUGAAAAUGUGCUACCACCACCGCCGGCUAAAUCAAUCCUAAAACCGUCCGUACCUGCAUCUUCCACCCGACCAUCCUCAAAACUGCAAGCUCCGUCGGCUACAACUUCCGCCGGAGCGGGAGGUUCGGCAGCAACUUCCGGCGGUGGUGCUACGAAAUACAAACAACCGGAACUGCACACAACGCUCGGUCUUAGUAAACGGAUCGAGACGGUCCAAAAGAUGGAAGCUCCCUCGAUUAACAGCAUCGGCCAGCUGACCCCGAGCAGUAAAAAGCGCGUAAAUGCAAUGGUCACAAAACAUCUGAACCAUCUGUACGACCAGGUCGUGUUUAAGAAGCUGGCACCGGUGAACGUGAACGAUACGGUGCUGGUGCCGACCACCCGCAGCCGGCUCGGUGACGCCAAGGCCCGGUACGUGUUCAAGGACAAAAAAGACCCAGAACCGGUGCUGAGCGACUAUCUGCGCCCGAUACCGCCGUUUACGUUUCACUUUGUGCCGCACAUUCCGACCGCCCAGCUGGGCCGCGUCGCUGCCGGUGACUCGUGGAACAACUUCCACAACAUCGAGUACGUGAUGCGGAUCAUGGAGGAGCACUGAGCAGGGUGAGGUAGGCAACACAUGAUCGCUAGGAGUUUUCUCUUUUUAUGAGCAUUUAUUGAAUUGAUUGGGGGGAGGGGUUGUUUCCACGGAAACGAACAUUUGUGGAACCGUAAUUGUUGCAAUACAAACAUGUACGAAUUAUCCGCAUCGUCUUGUUCACCAUUAGGCGACCGACGGAGAGCGCUAAGAUACAUUCAGCGGUGCUACCUUGUGUUGGGUGUAUUUGUUUUAUUUUCUAUUUUGAAGUAUUGUUAGCAUGAUUUAGUAUCUCUUACUUGCAUUAAUUUUGAACUAUUCCUCUUCCUUACACCUUCAAUAUACUCUCGACAAACCAUUGCCUCACCAUCAUCACUCUCAUCACAGCUGUUCUAUGUUUCGUACGGUUUUGCCAUCACUGCCUUUUCUCCACCGUCCACAGAUAAAUUAAAAGGCCUUUUUUGGCUUAAUACAAAACACACACAUACCAACAUAGGUACUUGCAAGUACUAGCAGCUGCUGGAAGGCUUAAAUGUAGAAGAGAAAGUUACUUUAAGGAAUCAAAAAUAAGGGAAGAAACAAAAGAAACAAUCAGUAUACACGUACACGUAAUUCGAAUUGUGUUAUCGAAUAAAAAAAACAAUGCGCACCUUCCUAUCUUAACCUUGAGUUGUUCACAGUCACAUGCAAUUGCCGUUAGUUUCAUCACUUAGCUUCAUUUUUUCCCGGGGUUGAGGAAGAUUAACGGGAACUGAGCUUCCCUGCUUGCCCAACCCAAAACCCGAUUCUCUCUGUCCAAUUACCGAUUGAUUCCGAUUUUAGCACAUCGUUCGAGUCUUUCUGGUUAUAUUUUAUGUUUUUUUCUUUAACGUGGGAGACAUACGACAAAGGUUUUCUAUCAUUCUAUCAUCAUUAAUACACAUACGUUUCACUUCCGCAACCCGGUUCGCUCGCUACGUUAACAUUCCGUUACGAUUUUUGGAGUAAAGUAUUUAAAUUGCAAGUUUAGAUUGAUCAAUGAUCGCUCCGCUUCUCUUGAUCUCGCCUUAAAUUGUGUGCUUAGCGAAUUGCUUCGUUUUAGACAUUAUUUCCUUCUCCAACGGCCCACACGUGCACUAAAAAUGAUACAAAAAUGAUAUAAACAAAAAGCUCAAUGCACACAGCAGGUACUAGACAAAGGAGAGCGGGAAACAAAAAUGAUAAAACCAAAAUUACAACACUAACCACACAUUUUAUUGAGAACAUUAAACCCAGCAGAAAUUAAUUGUAAAGAAAACAAAAAUAAACGUAAAGUCUUCUUUGUUGGAAGAAUGAAUAAAAGAAAACUGUAAAACUAUAAAAUUAAUGCAAUUAAAGUAGCAAGUAAUAAAUGAAAGGUAAAAACAA